GUCUCUGUCUAUGCGUCAGCUGGACCGUCUUUCCUUCUUCCUUGCACACACAUCAAGUCUAUGAGUGCGCUAGUGAGGUCUUGAGCUUCCAUCUCUCCCCCCUCCUCUGCCUCCAUCUCCUACUUUCUAUAGAUCAGCUGGACUGAAUCUCUGUCUUUUGCUUGUCGUCCUGUCUUGAAUAUUCUUCUAGAAGAUGAAGCUUCAUCACGUUGCCGUGGCUGUGACGUCGCUGGUUUCGUCGGUCGCUGCUUCCACUUUGACUCCUCCUGUCCUGCCGUUGGUUGUCAGAAAUCCAUAUCUUUCGACCUGGCUAGGCAACGCAAGGGACAAGCCAUGGACCAAAUGGCCCAUGUUUUAUACCGGAGAAGAGAUUGGCUUCUCUGUCCUCGCAAGCGUACCCGAGACUAGCACCGCGUAUCCCCUGCUUGGUCGUCCUCAGGACUCUCUGGACGAGAAGGACACGACCUACAACAUCUCUUAUCCUGUGUACCAAGGCGCCCAGUACGACGCAUCCGUAACGAACCUCACAUACCGCAUCCCAUCGCACGACUCAAAGUCGGAACACGUCGAGAUCGUUCUGUCUUUCCUGUCCCCCGUCACACCGUCGUCUACUCUUCGCCAGUCCAUUCCGGCCUCAUACCUCAGCAUUCACGUUACCGGAAGCUUCGACAUCGAUAUCUACAUUGAUCUCAACGGCCAGUGGGUCAGCGGAGACCGAGGUAGUGAGAUUGUUUGGGAGCUUGAGAAUGCCGAGACGGAGAAACUGAAGAGCUGGGUGGUCAAGAGAAAGGAUGAACUCGUCUUUGCCGAAUGGAACGAUCGUGCUGAAUGGGGAAGCCUGAGAUUCACUGGUCCAUCCGACGUCCGUCACGAAAGUGGGACAUCAGGUGUCUUGAGAAACCGCUUCUCCCGUACGGGCACCCUGCAGAACGAGAACGACGAGCGCUUCCGAAGCAUCAUGCAAGAUGAGCCCGUCUUUGCUUUCUCAAAGUCUUUCAACCUAGCCCCCAACACGAGCAGCCACAAGAACACUUCCUCCGACAGCGUCCUCUUCACCAUCGCUCACAUCCAGGACCCUGUCACACAGUAUGCCUCCGCACGAGGCUUGACUUUCAUGCGCCCUUUGUGGAAGACCUGGUUCCCUACCGACGAUAACCUGACUUCGUUCCACUAUAUGGACUUCAACAACGCUCAGAAGCUUGCACAAAACUACUCUGAUCAACUCGCUGUUGACGCCUACCAAUCUGGCUCCGACUCGUACGUCGACAUCGUUGCUCUCUCGGCUCGUCAGACCAUGGGCGCUACUAGCUUUUCGGGAACUCAAGAGAAUCCGCUCCUCUUCCUCAAGGAGAUCUCGAGUAACGGAAACAGUCAGACUGUCGAUGUCAUCUUCCCGGCCUUCCCCUUCUUCCUCUACACUCAGCCUCGCUGGCUCGCAUACCUGCUUGAGCCUCUAAUUGAGCACAUGCUCAGUGGUCAGUACCCCAACGACUACAGCAUGCACGACCUGGGUACGCACUUCCCUAAUCUCACAGGACAUGCCGAUGGCAAGGACGAGUACAUGCCCGUCGAAGAAUGUGGAGACAUGCUCAUCAUGGGUCUUGCUCUUGUCAACUCGUUGACAUAUGGCUCCGAGCCCGAAGCUCAAUCCGUCUGGUCUGCUCUGGGUAGUGAUCACAUCCCUCAGCCUAACGAGGAAAGCCCCUUUGCUCUUGGUACCUUGGAGAACCGUGACCACAUUGUUGGUCUCGACGAUCGCUGGGGUGGCUCGGCUCAAGGACUGAAGCAGGCCCGCAAGUGGCUCGACAAGUCAUACGGCUUGUGGAAGCAAUGGACCUCAUACCUCGUCGAGUACAGUCUGGAGCCUCACAAUCAAUUGUCCACUGACGAUUUCGCUGGAUGGCUGGCUUUGCAGACUAACCUUGCACUCAAGGGUAUCGUUGGUAUCCGAGCCAUGAGCGAGCUGGCUACAGUCAUGGACAAGAAGGACGACGCAAAGCACUUCCGCAACAUUUCGGACACCUACAUCAAGCGCUGGGAAGAGCUUGGUAUCUCUCGUGAUGGCACACAUGCAAAGCUCGCAUACGACUGGUAUGGCAGCUGGACUACUCUGUACUCACUGUACGCUGACGCACUGCUCUGCUUCCAUCCUUCUACCACGAACGGCAGCAGUGCUCAAUCUUCCGACGACUACGCUCAAGUCUCUGGCGGCAAGCAAGAGCCCAUCCUCGAGCCACCAACUCACGACUUCAUCCCCAACCACAUCUACAAGAUGCAAUCCGACUGGUACGCCGCUGUAAUGCAGAAAUACGGCCUUCCCCUAGACUCUCGCCAUCUGUACACCAAAUCAGACUGGGAAUUCCAAGCCGCUGCCGUCUCUUCCCGCAAGACUCGUACGGAGAUCCUCGACAGAGUUUCCAAGUGGCUCAAUGAGACUUCUACAGACAGACCUUUCACUGAUCUGUACGAUACCGAAGGUGAGGGUGGUUUCCCUGGUCCAAACUUCUUCGCCAGACCGGUUAUUGGUAGUCACUUUGCCUUUUUGACUUUGGAGAGGGCUUGUGGCGGUACUGCCAUGCAAGGUUUGAGCUUUUUGGAUGAAGAGUAGGGUUGAUCAAAUCCUCAGAGUUGGACAGUCAUAGUGGGACAGCGGCUGUGGCAAUCCUUGUCGAGAUUUAUGAACAUCAGUAUAGGAUAGUUAUGACUCUGUUGAAUUCGUGUACC